AUGGUACACCAGUCAUUCAAAAUGGGCAUGAAGGUGCAGCUGACAGUGAAGAAAGCGAAUGAGCACGAAAAAGCACUCGAAUACGCCAAAGUAGUUGGUUUUGCACUGCAUAACUGCGGACGGCUUGAAGGAAUAAUGAGUUGGAAGUGGCACUUGGAAGUGGAAUAUUAUUAUUAUCCAAUUCUGGCAGCAAUCGGAGUACCCGUGAACCUGCUGGCGAUUGUGAUCCUGUCCCGCAGAAAUUGUGGUCUCUCCAAAUGCACCACUCGGUACCUGGUGGCCAUGGCGACAGUGGACCUCUCGGUGAUUGUCUGCGAAGUGAUAUUACAUCGGAUUGCCGAACUUUACUGGGUGAACACAUUCCUCUUCCACAAUACUGUGUGCAGGUCCAUAAUGUUCCUCGCUCCCGCGGCCGUUGCCUGUUCUGUUUGGCUCACGGUCGCUUUCACAUUUGAUCGCUUUGUGGCCAUUUCCAGUCGGAAUCUGAGAACCAGAUACUGCACCGAGAGAACCGCGCUGGUGGUUAUAGUGACCCUAACUGCGUUGUUCUGUUUACUGAACGUCCCCUGGCCUUUUGCGUACAAUUAUUAUGUUAGGGAUCAGCAGGGUAUAGAGUGGGGUUGCCGAAUACGAUAUCACUUCUAUAGCCUAUCCUCGUGGAUAGCAUUUUCCUGGACUCAACAGCUGCUAGUCCCAUUCAUUCCAUUUUGUUUAAUUAUGCUGAUGAACGUGCUGACAGUCAGACGCAUUUUAGUGGCCAGUCGUGUCCGCAGAAAACUCCGCGAUCUCAGUAAUGAGGACCCCGAGAUCGCAAACCGCAGACGGUCCGUAAUUUUACUCCUUGCAAUCUCCAGCAGUUUUAUGCUGCUCUGGGGCACAACUGUAGUAUAUUUCGUUUUAUAUCGAAUUACGAAUGCAUUUAUGUCUAGGGGGUUGAAGAACACAUUUGCAUCGUUUGAACAAACUGGAAUUCUGCUACAACUGUUGAACACCUGCACAAACACGCUAAUUUACACCGUGACCCAGAGGAGGUUCAGAGAGCAGCUGAUCCAGGUACUCAUGUACCCCUUCACCCUAACUUACAUCUGGGAGAUUGUUUGUGUCUUCUUCUGUUCUUCUAAGACAGAUCCGAAUGCUCGGUGCCACUUCGGCACCGACUCUGGCUCGUUCGUUGGAAGUGAUUCU